AUGAAGAGCACAAACAAAAAACUGUCAGCGUAGGAUGGAAAAUUGAUAUACGAAGGAGACAUUAUAACAGAUGAUAAAUCCAAGUAGGUCUUGUAUGAUGGUCCAGGAUAUCUAUUUAAUAAUGAAACGAAGUGUUUUUUCAAAGGGACAUGGAAAAGGGGAGAGAAGGUGUGCGGAAUAGAGACUUUCCCAAAUGGAGAUGUUUAUGAGGGUUAAUAUAAAGAUGGAACGUUUCAUGGUAGAGGUUUGCUGUAUAAUAAUGUUCAACUCUACUCGGACAAGAAAAGUUAAUACUUGUAUGAUGGAUAAUUUGAGUAGGGACAAAAACAUGGCUAUGGUAAGGAAUGUUACAUCACAGGGGGAUGUUAUGAAGGGUAAUUCAAAUACAACUAAAAGCAUGGACAUGGCAAAUUGGCCUUUUCUGAUGGAUCUAAUUAUGUAGGCGAUUUUUAAAGAGGAUUGCCAAAUGGAUUCGGAGUUUAGAUAGCCUAUUCGAAGGAAAGAAUAGUGGCCACCUUCCCUCCUCCAUAUGAUAACGAAAAGAGAAGGGAACUAUAAAAGACUGAGGAAGUUCAAGAGGAUGAAGCAGAAAAACAAAAAUCAGAAUUCUUGUAUGAAGGUGAUUUUGUAGACGGAUAUAAACAUGGGAUAGGUAGACUUUACUACCCCAAUGGUUCCUACCUCUAUGCUUAUUGGGAAUACAAUAAACCUGCUCGCGAUUUCAUAGAGUAUAUUGCUGAAGGGCAUAAGUGGAGAAUCCUAAAUGUCAAAUAGUUAUAGACUGAAUAGAGUAUUAAUUUCUUUAAGAUCAUACGGGAAUUUAAAUCUGAAUGGCAGGAGAAGUAUCCCAUAAAAGGCAACAGUUACCCUCCAGCUGAAUUAGAUGGCUAUAAGAGUCUCAUCGACGAAAAAGGGUUAAAACGAGAGAAUUUCGAGGAUCCAGAAUUCGAUUUCUCUGAGCAGUCCUUUAACAUCAAGGAUGAAAAUGACUAGCCCAUUGGAGCACCCAUUGAAUUUGAGAGGAUAUUCGCAUCAAAAUACUUUAAGAAGAAGGAAUAUAAACUCUUCACUAAAGAGAUCGAACCUGGCUAUCUGAAAUAUUAAGAAUAGUAUUGUUGCUAACAAUUAACAGUUGUCUUAAAUGCACUUACAUUCCACUCAUACUUGUUUGCUAAAGUAUUUUCUAGAAAAUAUGAAGCUGAAAUUGGAUUUUACUUCAUUAAACUCUUCUUGAAGAACGAGUGGAAGGAAUAUAUUAUCGAUGAUAGAAUCCCUGUAUUCAGAGCGGAUAAAAUGCCCAUUUUCUCUAAUUCUGAGGAUUAGGAAUUAGCGUGGGUCAUUCUAUUUAAGGCAUUUGCAAAAUACAAUUAAGGUUUCCAAUAUUUUUCGAAUGAUAAAUUAAUGAGAGCAGUUGAAUAUUUAACCUUGCUUACAGGGAUGCCAACUGUACAGUUAACAGUCCCUAAUGUCUUUGGUGAUAAUCAAGAAUACUCUGAAUAAUAAAAAAAAAUCUGGAGAACCAUGUCUUAGAAAUAUCAAAGUACCAAAGUCAGAAUAUGCUAUCUCUACAAAGACAUAGAAGAUCGAUUAAAGUUACCCAAAAAUACAGCUUAUCAAAUUGUGGACAUGCAAGAGACCUCUUAAGGCAAGCGAGAUGAAUCCUAUUACCUACUUAUACUGGCAUCAAAUUAAAAGUUAGCUCUCAAAUAAGACAUUACCAAUUAAUUUUCCCUGGCUAGAUAGAAAUUGUAGGAACGUAAUCCUCAAGCCAGAGGCAAUGAUUAUUACUUCUAUAUGGAAUAUAAAGAUUUCAUCAAGCAUUUUCAAUACGUUGUAAUGCUUUGUGCCACCAGAUAUCCGAUAUAAAAUUAAUAAUUGAUAGAGCCAGAAGAAAAAGAUAAGCAUAAUCAUGAACUAAGAUUCUUUUGCAAAUUUAAAACUAAUUUAGCUCAAGAUUGCUUGAUAUGUAUUACUCAGGACCAUUAAGAAAAAUAGGAUGAUUAUUAUGUCGAUUAUGCUUUAGAAGCAUUUCCUGUGAGAAUUGUGCUAGCAAAGGAAAAGGACAUGUUUACAAAUAAGAAUUAAGUGAAGAAGAAGAUCGUAACAAGAUGGUCGGAGCAAGUCAAUCGUUCAAAAUCAGAAAAGGAAAAGGAUAAAAAAGAGGAAACUAACAAAGCUGACAUGAAAUAUGCUUCCAUAUUUGAAUAAAACUCUGAAAAAAAAUAAAUUAAACCAUACAAAUAUUGUUUUGGAAGAGGUUAAUCUACAGAUAAGAUGCUGUUUAAGGAUGCCUCUCUGGAAAGCGGCGAUUACGUAUUGUUUGUGUAGGUCGAAACAGGGGAUAGUAAAGAAUAAUUCGACUUAAAGAAGAUGAAGUUUUGGGUGACAAUUCACAGUCAGAAACUCAUACAGAUUCAAAGACUUGAUCAAUAGAUUCAGGGAUUCCAAAAGGCAGUGUAUGAGAGUGCUAUAGCAAUCGCAGAUAAGCAUUCCCAGGAUUCUCAAAAAAUCAAAUAUUUCCAUAAGGGAGAUCUGAGUGAGUAGGAGAAUGGCAGUAGUGAUCUUGUUAUUACGCAAUAUUUCAUUAAGAAGGAAGGAACUUAUUUGCAGCAUUUGAAUAAUAGAAGCACAAAUAAAAUUUGGAGAUAGAAGUUGUAUUUCAAGUUGGAUAACAUGCAAAUUAUUGAUCAUAGAGAAUCUCAAAAAUUGGACAUUUGUUUAUCCAAGAAACAGACAGCUCUGAUUGUAAUCUAAUAGGUGGGGGCUAAGAAAUAUAAUUUGGAAGGAGGAGAGGGAAUUUGCAUUGUGGACUUAUUGAAUGACCAGAAUGUAGAGGAGGAGCAGGAAGUGAAGAACCAAGAUGCAGGUAGUCUUCAUGAGGAUACUUAGCCAAACUUUCAAUAGACUUCGUCGAAGCCCAGAUUUGGAAGUCUACUUUUUAAAAAGUGA